AUGGUUAUUCCCAGCUCUGGCAACCUCACAAUUGAUGCCGUGAGAGAUAUCAAGAAGUUUGCUCGUAAUGGCUUGCCUGUAAUCCUGUCUGGUGGGCUACCAAAUGCCUACUACACGGGGGACGGAAACACAGACGCUCUGGCGAUGGAAAUAUCUUCCUUGGAAGAAGUGCAAAACGUCCACAUUGUAUCUCCUGGUCAAGCAUCCAAGAUACUGCAAUCUCUAGGCAUCGCACCGCGGGUGCAGGUGCAAGCUAAAGGCACAUGGUAUUCUACAUGGCGCUCUGACGCUGAUGGGGUCGACUAUCUUUUCGUCUUGGGUGAUACAGUGGAUACUGCUGGUAAUUUAAGUGUUGCCACGACAAAGCGACCAUAUUUCUUCGAUCCUUGGACUGGAAGCCAAAGCCCCGUUCUUGAGUAUCAACAAAGCUCUGGCCGAACCGUGGUGCCCCUUCAUCUGGCCGCGAAUCAAACAACUAUCCUUGGCUUCCGCGGCACGACUAGCAACACUUCACUACAUGCUACUCAGGUACCAUCCUCAGUAAUUGGCUACAAUUACGGCAACCGAGAAAACAAGGUCCAACUGCAUGUCUCAUCAGGCUCAACCGACCAGACCCUGAGCUUAUCCAACGGGAAAACCAUAUCCCAACUAACAACCAAGGAUCCCGCCCCAGCAUACCAGCUCACCAACUGGACCCUGACAGUCGAACACUGGGAACGUCCAGAUAAUCUAUCCGAUGCAUCAAUAAUCGCGGCCAAACACAACACGACCCACAAGCUCACCUCCCUCAUCUCCUGGCAGGAUAUCCCCAGCAUCGCCAACGCCUCCGGGGUCGGGUACUACACCACCAACAUAACCUGGCCCCCAACGACCAACACAGCAGAUGGCGCCUACCUGUUUCUCCCACAGACCCCAAAUGCAGCUCGUGUCUAUUUCAACGGCCACAGACUCCAGGCCUUCGACUUCCAGGCGCCGAAACUUGACCUCAGUGCCUAUCUUGUCUCCGGUGAGAAUGAAUUGACCGUGGAGGUACCGUCAACUAUGUGGAACUAUCUUCGGACUAUGUUGGAUGAGUUGUACUCGGCUGGUUCGUUACCCCAGCUUGAGGGGUCGGGCCCAGAUCCGGUUCAUAAUGGGUUGAUUGGGGUGGUGAGCGUUGUACCGUUUGUUAAUGUGAAUGUUGAUCUGUUUUGA